AAAUGCAUAUGCGAAAUAGCUUCUGAUCGAAUUCUUUCUCGAUUUGUUUCAGGUCUUCAGCCUGCCAGCACCAAAGCGCAACCUACCACGAUCAGCAAAUCUCAUAGACCCAGUUCUGGCGUGUUACCUCAGGGUCAUACCCCUGGUCCUGGUCCAGGUGGCCAACAAAAUAGCAGAAGUUUUGCCGCCGCUCUGAGAAACCUGGCUAAACAGGCAGGGCCGGCACCUCAGGAAGAAGAACCUCGCGCGAGUCCCAAAAAUCGAGCCCCACCUCCUCUGGUUAGAGGUCCUUCCCCUGCCAAGGAACGAUCCACACACGAGAGAAGACCAGAAGAAAUUCCCUCGUUGUACACGACUGCGAGGCCCGCGGAUACCAGCAAACAUAGCGUAACCGCUGCCGCUUCCGAAUUGCUGGCCCGAUCCGGUUUUCAACCGUACCGGCCUGAGCAUCAUCCGGCCCACGCUCCACCGGCUUUCGCCCUCGAUCCCGCGGCCUACAAUCCUUAUCAUCACGGUCUCUAUCCACCGCCACACCUUCAACACGCUUAUAGAUUAGAGGAACAGUUGUAUUUGGAACGGUGUGGAAUGCUGAGACCGCCAUUAUUUCCUGGGUUACCUUCGUAUCCUCUGUACGGACUAAGAUAUAGUCCGGACAUGUUACCGCCCGCGUCCCUCGGACUCAUGUCUCCCGUGAUGCACGAGAGGUAAGAGAAACUCUUGAUGCUUGACUCGAUAAAUAUUG